AUGAAGGUUGCAUUGAUAAACAAAUAUAUAUUGGCUGGAAACAAUGGAAGCAUCGGUGGGAUAUGCUGGAGCAUACAUCUCGUGUCAGGCUUCAUUCGGGCCACCCUAGAUUCAACGCGGCAACUCAAGCUUCUCCACAACCCGAUAGCCGCAUGGAUCCACUCACCGGUACCACGACUUGCCCUUCCAUUGCCAGCAGCUAUUAGCAGCCUAACAGUAUUCCAUGAUUCUAAUCAGAUGCACAAUGGGGCAGUGAACAACAGUGAGAACAGAAACAAGAGGCAUGAUGAAUACCGGUCAACACGGUUUGGGAAAAUAACACCGCGGCCGAUCCACCCUGCCUGGCGUCUUGAUGAACGCUGUUGCCUGCCAAAGCUACUCAAGAAUAUAAAGGACGAUCGUCGUCGUGGUGUCGGUGGGAAUAUCGACAGUACUCAAGACGCUACGAGUCCGAGCACCGCAACAACGACCGAUCCUGCAACAACGUCCAAAUCUACAUUGCCAAAGACAGCCUCAUCAACAGCCAUGUCAUCAUCUUCAUCGCGCCCGUCCGCUCCACAAUCGUCGCCUCAUCCAACAUUUGCGCAGUACGCAGCUGAGAAUUUCGUGCAAGGUGGGGGCGUCGCGAUUUUCCACCUCAAGAGCGAGAGGGUGGUUAUCUGCAGCGCUGAGGAUCGGAAGGGCCGCACUUACUUCUUCUUGCCUAAGGGAAGGAGAGACACUGGAGAGAGUGCAGGUCAAGGCGCCGAAAGGGAAGGAUUCGAGGAGUCUGGAUACAGAAAUCGUCUGCUCCCUUUACCAACCAAACAUCACCAACCGCAAGCGCACCCGCGCGUUUCCACCCCACCCCUCACAGCAGAACCCCUCUGGAUCCAACUGAUGCCCGUCGGCCACCGUAACAUUCAAUAUCUACUGUACUGGUACGUUGCAGAGACAAUCCCUCCCUCACUCGAGGAAUCGCUGCACUCGCAUCCUACCGAGGCGUAUAAACCCCCGCCGCCCUUUCCGGCGGACCUGACGCUGAAGGAGAGGGUGGCCAUGGAGCCCGAUGGGUAUGAACCGAUUCAUCACGAGGGUACGGGCGUGGACGAAGAGGAGGCCGAGUAUAAGAGCUAUCUUGUGCCCAUUGACGAGGCUGUGGUUAAGUUGGGUAAGCAUGAUGUUUUGGCGGAUGUGGUGUUGAGAGGGUGGAGGGCGAUCCAGGAAAGGUACAGUAUGGAGGAAAAGGCUGCUACAGGAGGUCAAUGAUGUUGUGGAAAUUCUGUGUGGGGUCUCAUGAGAUGUUUCCUGUUAUACUAUCCUUCAUCUAGAUCAAAUUCGUCCCCUAAGCUGCCCCCCCUCUUUCGGGAUAGUGAAGGGAUCUUUGGUAGAGAAAGCAUGAAAUAGGAGAACAGCAACAAACACAGACGCCAAAUUGACAACUAAGACAUAGCACACAGUACAAUAUCAGUCUUCAACAUCACCUUGGUCAACACAAGAUUGCAGGUGUUCAGUCCUCAGCAUCUCUUCGCCAUCGCCUCCACUAUCAAACGUGACUACGUCCAAGUAUGUGAACGCGGAGAAACCACGAGGCCUCAUCCAGUCCAAUUACAUAUACAUACUUCACUAUAUCCCGGCGUCGAUCGAAAUCGGCAAGCCGUCUAUCAACCAACUGCCUUGCUUCCCGCGACAUUGCAUCGCCACCGAUCGUCGUUACCCGGCUGUAACACAUUCUCAUCUACCGUACCGGUACUAUGCCAGCCCACCACUCCAUCCCUCAUCACCAAAUGCCCCACAAUGUUGAUCUACUUUGGACCAGAGAGUGAAUAGCUCAUGCAUCCAUGGCAUCCAUCAAAUUUAAAUUUGUUCCUUCUCCAUCGUCGAUUCCGUCGACGCAGGUCAUCAAAACCUCGUGUGAAUCUUUUUUUCUUUUCUACUUUCCUUGUUUUUUUUCCCUCCUGCAGCUUGAUAACACGCAGAUGACCAGGUCGGCGAUACAAAGAAAAUUCGUGUACUGGGCAUGGAGUACGUCCGCGACGCAUCGGGCAUGUACUGCGUAUCUGCAUGCCUAGGUAUCUUGCGUUGAUACCAUGCACGCACCCACCCACACUCACACAUUCACAACUCUUGUAUUAUGUACCAAGCACGUUUUAUCCUUAUUUCCCCACCCUUCGCUCCUUCCCCUGUCUAUAACUGCUCUUGCUUAAGCAUGAGAUUCAGUAUUUCCACAUUCAACCUCUGGACCUCUGGCGGUAUAUCCAUCCAAUCUAAAUCUUCCUCCCCGCAAAUUCCGUCUUCUUGGGUUAUGCCGUGGAUAUUAAACUGUGCGCACGGACUUAGUGAAUGCACGACGUUGUAUUGAUAUGCUGUGCUUCUUAUCUGUUUUUGCUCUCUUUUUUUUCUUAUUCUUCUUGCUGAUUCGUUUUCUUGCGGAUUUUUGCUGGGGCGUUGGUAGCUGUUGUGGCU